AUGUGCUCUACUAUCAGCGCCGCAGUUUCGGCGAAAAUCGAACACGGUUACGAUGAGCAAUGCUGCGCAAAGAAACAUCUCCGUCGAACUGCCUACUAUCACCACAUUCCAUCUGGACAAACGUUGGCUGAUGCCAGUCAUGCAAGCAUGCGACGAAACAUGGAUGGUCACUGGAGACAUCCUCACCGCCUGGUUAGCCGGUUAGCCGCCGCCAACAAAGCUGACGAGAUAGAUAUCCAGAUCCAGGCAGGUGAACAGGCUCCUGGUGUCUGUACCUGCAAUGCCAACGCCACCUGUGCUGUUACUCCUCAUCCGUGUUCGGCUUGCGGAAGGACUCUGGUUUGCAUGGCAUUGGUGGUCAGCGGUCUCGGCCUAAUAUCGUGCAAGGCUUGCAAGCGCAAGGACGACAAGAGAUCAGGCGGCAGUGUUCCGGAAACCAGAGUGCGUCGUGGUGUUACCAGUCGACUCAAGAAGGAGUGCGAGAUGGCUGGCUGCAAAGCUGGCAGUGCUGAGUACGAACUUGCUAUCAAAGCCGUUCGAGUCGACAUCGCCCGCAUCUUUGCCGAAGCCGAUCACCACGAUCAGAUUACCUAUACCAACCAGUACACCUUGCAAGACAAGCAAGUCGACCUUUUGGCUGGUGAAAAGAAACCUCUGGACUGCAGCGGUGAUGCGGUCUGGCCGUUCUUAUGAUUCGUUGAUCGAUCUCUAAUUCAUCCUAGUGGCAACAUCGCCGUCACAUCCAUGGUCCUUAACUUCGCCAAUCACAUCCAUAUUCCUUGCCUUCUUAAGAUGUUGAGCUGAUAUUUGCUCAACGUCAUCGACCUCUUCAAGGAGAAUGAAGAUCGUGUUGCGCUCGCAGAUAGUCAAUAGACUAUGCUUCAGAUCUGCGCCUGUCUACGAAAGAUCCGAAUCAAGAGCGAGUGGAAGUGAUUCAAGCAUAUCUACAAGAUGGACGAAGAAGAAAUGGGCGCCUUCAUGGAAGAAUGGUUGACUGCCAGGCUCGGACUGAGCAAGCCGGGCCCAUGGCAUAACAGCGGCGACAGAUACGCUGAGUGCACCACUGUCCCUGCAGAUGUCUCCUGGUUGUCUAAGAAUCUUCACCGCAUCCGCAGCGUCGUCAAUGAGAUCCUCGCC